UUGCAGCAGUGGUGCUGGUGAGGUAACAACUGAUGACAGCUCCGUGAGUCGCCACGUAAAUUUGCGUUACCUGUCGUAGCGGCGCUGGCCAGGAUGCCGCCUAGAGACAGAGACCACGGCUUCCAGCAGAACGCAUGUCCUGCGAACGUGGCCGAAACUUGGGGCGGCAAUUCGGGCAGUUAUGCGCCAGAGCAAGCGGAGGAGGAGGAGGAGGAGGAGGAGGAGGAGGAGGAGGAGGAGGAAAAAGGAAGAGGAGGGGGACAAAGACUGGUGCGACAGGUGCUGCCUGCAUGCCCAACAUCGGAGUGGCAGGUGCUGCUUGCAUGCCCUAAACUGCGCUGGGAUGGCCGUCCCGAGUGAGAUAAGAAGCCACAUGGCGAGCUCUACCGAUCAUCGCAGAGGCGGCACCUGUGGAUCACCCUACGGGGUCAGCGCCAACAAGAACCAUGGGACGGGCCAACAUCGGGCUGCAGCUGGGCGGCCAGAGGGGCGGGCAAGAGAGGACGAGGAAGAGAGAGAGAGAGAGAGGGAGAGAGGACAAAAUCCAACAAAAAAGUCGGCAAAAAGAGCGACUACACGAGCACAGCCCAUUGGCUCCACGAGCCGGCGCGACAGCCCAGAAGUAGAUAGCGGCGCUGGUACACGCCCACUGGGUGCGAAGCACUCGCCAGAAAAGACAGCAGUGAUGCGGGUGGUGGCCCCCUUGGGCACCUCCCAGAAUGAGCAACUACGCAUCCCAACGCGCGGCCACUGGCACGCUGCAGCGGCACCCUGGACUGGGCAGCGUCGCCCCUGGAGAGCGCCCUGGCCGGCUUGCAACGGCCAUCGAGGCCAAUUUGUGCCACGCAGCCCCGCGGCCGCGCGGCUGCCACAGCUCACGACAGAAAGGGGGAGGAGAAGAGGACGGCAAAGUCCGCCGGCCGCCGGGGGCGAGCGGAGCCCGGGAGGCGGAGGGAGCCGCGGGGAGCGCGAGGGGCGGCCGCAGCGGCGCGGUGCCGGCGCAGCCAGCGUGUGCUGCGAGGAGGAAGAGGAGGAGGAGGAGGAGGAGGAGGAGGAGGAGGGGGGGGGGGGAGGAGGAAGCGUCCCCUCUGCGAGGCCGCGCACAGCAAGGAACGAGGAGGCUCUGGUGGCCACGGCGGGCCCGGGCCACAAGUUCCGCCCCACGGAGGCCCGAGGAGCGGCCCGAGAGCCCGAGCCCCUCCCGAAAGCCCGGGCGGUCCCUGCUUCAGCGAUUCGCAACUGUGCUGUGGCGACCGAUGCCGACGUCGUGUCUGCGGGCCGUCGCGCUGCCGUGAGGCCACGAGGGGCUCUCGGAGAGGAGCGAGGCGGCUUCGCUGGCCUCAGCGAGCCGCGCAGAGCGGCGCGAAAGCCAUGGCCCCUCCUGGGCCCAAGCCAGUCCUUGUUUCGUCGGCUUGACUGUACUGGGACGGCUGAUGUUGCUAUUGCGUUUGCUGUUGUUACGAACGCGUGUCAACUCUACCAAGUAAUGUGCUCAGCGUGCAGCCUCUCUUCCUCCGAAGUCUUGAGCCUUUUUUCCCACGAGAUAUGCAACAAACGUACUGGAACAUGAACUCGCCGCUCGGAACCGAUAUAAAGAGAGCGUCGGCUGACCCAUCAGCAACUCUGAAUCGCAACGAGACUGCAAGAACAUUCUCGCAACCCUACCCAGUACUCAUAGUGAAACCUGUCGGGAAGCAUCCAGCAGAUUUCCUCGCAUCGGGAGACUUUUCUUUGGUGGUGCGGGUGUUGAGCUUCUCGAUCAGCGGCUCGUUCAUCUCGAUCAGCUGUUUAUUCUGCUUCUCUAGUGUCAUCAUCUGCUUUUUGAUGGUUUCCAUUUCUGCCAGGAGAUGCUGAGCAACGCUCGGUUUGAUGAGGAGCGGGCACGUGAGGUGGCAGCUGUGUUGACCUGUCAAUAUCAGCAUGGUGCUUUGAAUGCCGUCGACCAGUGGGGGGACACCCACACUCAGCGCGACCCUCCAACGAAGACUGAGGCUCUCGAGCCUCAAGUUUACGAGCGAUGCAUAGCCCUCGUUGUACACCAGCCACAACCGCACCACGAAGGAUACUGCAGUAAUGAUGGCCAUGAACAAGAUGAACACACACUUGACUCCACAGGAUCGCUUGUCGUAGCACGUCUCCUGCAACCGGAUGCCAAGAAGCACAUUCGGCAAGAAGGUGACGAGCGCCAUGGAGUACAAAGAGACAGCCUUGACGGUCUCGCAGAAACCAGCUUCGUCGCCUCUGCCGAAGACGAAGAUGGCGGCAUUGUCCAUCACGGCGGACACAGAAAAAUAGAUCACAAGCCCGACGCCCUCUGUCCGGACGAACAGGCAGCUGGCGUCCAGGAUGCCCUUCAGGCAGCACUGCGCCUCCCCGUCCUCUGCCUUCCGGCGCAGCCUGCAAACGCGCCAGAGCAGGAUCAGGCCGAGCACGCAGUAGCGCAGGAAGGUCCAGCGGGCCAGCGCGGCUCCUCCUGCGAGCACCCUUGCGGGCCUCUGGGCAGCAGAGCGGCCCACGCGUCUGGGGCGGUGCCCGGCAUCCCCCAGCGCACGGCGCGCCCGGCCGGCGCUCGCGGAGCAGCGCUCAAGGCGCUGCAAGAGCGGGGCUCUCGGCGCGCGCGCGCACCGGCCCGCGCGCGAGGGCGACGCGCACGCGCCCGCACCGCUGUUCGAGUCAAAUGGCUGCGGCCU